AGGCGGCCGAUACUUUAUAAUGAGCGGCUCGGAGUCCAGUUGGGAGAGCGAGGAGGAGAUUUCCGGGAACCAUUCCCAGCUCUUGGAGGCCGUGCGCCAGCUUGACAAGAGCCAAAGGGUCGGGAAGGUCGAGCGCAGCGAGCCGAGCUUGGAAGUUUCGGAAUUUCAUUUAGUGAAGAGCGAUAUCGCUAAUGAAGAUGCUGUUAAGAUCGACGAGCUGGCCAAGACGCUUAAAAAGAAGGGUGACUUUGUAGAUCUUGGUAAAAAGAUCGAGGCUGCAAGAACUAAAGUUAAAGUUUUGGAUAAGCCGUUGGAGAAGCCGGCAGCCGAAAGGAUAAAACGCGCGGUAGGAUUUCAGAAUACUAAAACAGAUCUUACAAAAUGGAGUGGCAUAGUCGCCAGAAAUCGAACUGCGGCGAGCAUCAGUUUCCCAUUGAGCCAAUCUUCUAUGAAACUGGAGCCGAGCGAUGAAUAUUUGGGGCGAUUUCGUAUACAGUCGGAAUUGGAGAAAAAACUGGCAGAGAUUGAGCCUGAAAAAAAGCCGGAGGAAAAGGAUGCGUUUCCAUUAACUUUACAAGAAAUUAUAGAAAGAAGAAGGGAAGCUGCUAAGCUUAGGGCCCAAGAGAGCUACAAAGUGGCAAAAGCUCACAGACAAAACAAAAUAAAGAGUAAAAAGUUCCAUAGGAUACAAAGGAAGGAAAAAAUUAAACAAACGAUGAAGGAAUUUGAGGAAUUACAGAAAACCGAUCCACAAGCAGCUUUAGAGAAAUUAGACCAAUUAGAUAAAACGAGAGCCGAAGAGCGUAUGACUCUAAGACAUAAAAGUACCGGACAAUGGGCAAAAAAUAAACAAGUUAGAGCUAAAUAUGAUAAAGAGAGUCGUCAAGUAUUGGCCCAACAAUUAUCGAUCAGUAGGGAACUAACUCAAAAAGUAAAAAAGGAUGAUAGCGAUGAAGAUAGUGACGAUCAACCAGUACAUUUACCAAAUAACGAUAAGGAAAAUCCUUGGCUAAAUACAAUGAGUACUCAGCCUGAAAUUGACGACUUUGUAAGUCGUUAUCGAAAAUUUUAUGAUGCACAAAAGACAUCAGAAAAAAAACAAAGUAAUAUUUCAAAAAAUACUAAUGGUAACGAAAAUACGGUUCAAAAUAAUAUUUCAGAAGAUAAUAUUAACAAUGAAAGGAUUAUUAAUAAUAAUGUGAAGAAAGUAUUUGAAGAACCGGAAAUGGAAGAUGUUUGUAAAAGUAGAAAUCCCGUAGAAAAGAUUAUCGAAGAAAAUUUUCCGAACGAAAACGGAUUUGGCAAACCCGAUAACGCUAAGAGAUUUUGUAGCCAAGACAAAACUCACAAACGAGAAAAAAAAGUAGUCAAAACCCCAAAUGCCAAGCUUAAGACGAAUUUAAAUAAAACUUUAAAGAAAGUUGCAAAGACGAAAGGGAUUAAAAUUAAAGCUGGAACAUCGAAUUGGUUUAUUAGUCCAAUUGAAUCAGAAAAAAAGAUAUCCAACGAUAUUAAAAGAAUCGAUAUCGAUGAAAUCUUUGAUACUCUCGAGAAUAAGGUACAACUAAAAGUAACGAAGAAACUCUCCAAAAUGAAAAACUUGCUCAACAAAGAAAUAAAAAAAGAAAAUGUAAAGAAAAGCAAAAGAAAAAGAGGAAACGAGGACUCGACCAAUGAUGUUGAGCAGCUUGGUUUGAAGGGCCAAAGAAAUGUCAAACCAAUAAUCAAUAAACCCAUCGAAGAAACGACGAAUUUUCAACCGUCUAAUAAAAAUUCAGGAUCCGAUGGAAUAAAUGAUACAAAUGAUUUUAAUAGUAAUGUAAUGCAGCCAACGAAGAAAGUAGAAAUUGAUCCUAAUAAAUUUAUGAAUGUGAAACCAGUACACGUGAAAACUAUGUUACCCGACGACAUUGCCGGGGACGAAGAUGCUCUUGACGACAGUGAAUACGAAGAUCAACAACAAAUAAUAAGUGAAGCCUUUGCCGAUGAUGACGUAGUAGAUGAAUUCCAAAGAGAAAAAGACCAAGAGAUAAAGAAGAGUCAGCCGGAAAACAUCGAUCUACAACUUCCUGGAUGGGGUAGUUGGGGUGGCAAGAACAUCAAACCGUCGACUCGAAAGAAGCGUCGGUUUUUAAUUAAAAUGCCGAAACCGCCACCGCGCCGGGACGAAAACAAGGGCGACGUCGUCAUCAUCGAGGAGAAGUGCCCAAAGAUUGGGAAACACCUUGUGAGCGAGUUGCCCUUUCCCUUCACCAGCGUUCAGGACUUCGAAGCGAGCAUAAGGGCGCCGCUGGGUCGUGACUUUGUUCCCGAGAAAACGUUCAGUAAGAUCACCCAGCCCGCGGUGAAGACAAAGAUGGGCAAAGUUAUCGAGCCCAUGAGCACUGAUGCGCUCAUUAGCGUAAGUAAUGCAAGGAAGAUCAAGAUGGAGCUACAGAAGAAGGAGAAAAAGAAGCUGAAGAGGCUGACGGGCCCGGCAAAGCUCGAAGAUCGAAAGGUUCUUAAUGGUGUGAAGAAACCGAAGCAAAAGAAAGGAAAGGAUGCGCAGAUAAUGAAGAGGACGAAGCAGAAGAAACAAAGGAGUCCUAGUAUCCCGAGGACUCAGAAACAGAAGAAACAACGGAAUCCUAACACCUUGAAGAAGACGACGGAGCAGAAGGAACAAAAAGCUUCUAACACAUCGAAGAAGACGACGGAGCGGAAGGAACAAAAAGCUUCUAACACAUCGAAGAAGACGACGGUGCAGAAGGAACAAAAAAUUCCUAAUACCUCGAAGAAGACGGAGCAGAGUAAACAAAGGAGUCCCAAUAUCUCGAAGAGGACGAAGCAGUCGAAUAGCCAGAGAAACAAAACGCAGUCUGGUAGAAUCGUGAAGAAAAGUGGACAGAAGAAUGGCGCUAAAAGGAGCUUGAAAAAAGUGGAACAGAAAAAGAUUAUCGCGCCAGCUUCGUAAAAUCGAAACUUAAGCAGUGAUCGAUCGUGCUUAAAUUGACAUAAUUCGCGUGUACAUAAUGGGAGUGCAAAAUAUUUUUUUAUAAAACUGUAUUAAUAAUUGUUCAUACAACUCGCAAUAUCUAAUUAAUACUUAAUGCUCAGUUUAACGUUCAAUGAAACAUUGGUUCAUGUUUUCUAAUUUUUAUAUUAAUACUGAUAAAUGAUAAUAUUGUCGAUUAGAGUUAUGAGUAAUUAAAUG